GUCAGGGAAUCCUCGUUGACAGUAAAGCCAUAAACAACGCAAAAAAUGCUUUCGAGCUGAACAUGAAUGAUUUUUCUGCAGCUUAUAUCUUUGAACAGAGUAAAACAUCUGAUCAGAUAGCCAUAGAAAACAUCAAAUUGGAGACCAGUCAGAAUGGAGACUUUCAAAAGGCCUGGGAGAAAGCAAAUGGAGCCAUGAACUGUGGUAUACCCAAUGGGCUUCAGAGAGAGCACAUGGUUGCUGUUUAUACCUAUACAACACCAUGGGGCUUUUCUAGAAAAUUCAAUGCCGCCGUGCAAAAGUAUGGAGUUAGUGACACCGUCUACGCAAAAAACUUCAAAUUCAAAGCCUAUCAUUAUCUUCUGACGGUCGCUUUGGAGAAGUUACCAAAGGCCGGCUCGAAAACAUCUUACAGAGGAAUCAACAACAUGGCUUACGGCCAGAAAGGAUCUGAAAUGCGGUUUGGAUUCUUCGCCUCUUCCUCGCUGAACGAAAAGGUCGCCUUCGAUUUCAUCGAUAAAAGCUCGGCAGCAAACACGCUUUUCGAAAUUCACCACAUCGACGGUACCCUGAUUCAGGACUGCUCUUACAACAGGACGCAACAGGAGGUUCUCAUCCCUCCUUACAGGGUGUUUACAAUAGGAGCAUCUCAGCCCUUCUCCUCCGGCCGCAGGAUUUCUCUCACCACCAUGGCGAAGAGGAAGGGAAUCCAUGUUCAACUAGAGACUGAUGAGAGUGGUAAGCUCAUCGUGCGACGCAGUGGUAGUGCGACAGUAACGGCCUCAAGUGGAUUGCUCCUGGUCACAGCCCUGGUACUCAUGUCGGGGUAACGCAUCGCGAAAUUCCUCACUGCCAUUCCCGGCCUGCUUUCCCAUCUCAGGAUACUCUAUGCCUCAGUUCCUGGGAUUGCUCGGUUGUAACGUGCCCUUAAAGACUAACGCGAGACCGCCCAAAUGGAUCAGGAUUACUUGAGAUUCGAUUCCCCUACAGUGUGGAAACAGGCCCUUCGGCCUAACCAGUCCACACCGACCCCCCCCCCCCCCCCUGAAGAUUAA